AUGUUGAUGUACACAAAACAAAACACUAUAAAGGUCUACAAUGCCAGAAAAUACCGGAUACUGCAGGAAUAUCCGCUGAAAAUCAACGAAUAUUUUGGACCGGGUUUCUCAACGAUUUUCGAACUGGAUUCCUCAGUAAGCUUCCUCCUCGACUUUCUGAAGCAUCCUCAG